AGAAGAGAGAGGGGCAAACAAAAAGAAAAAGGGAAAGUGAAAAAAGUCGAUCAAAUUUCCUAAUCCAAACUACCCUUUACAGAUUCUCUCCCAUAGACAGGCAUCAAGAAAAGCACCUUCUUCUUCUUCCUGCUUUUCCUUUUCUGUUUACCUUCCAUUUUUACAUGGCAAAAUUAAAUUAAAAUAAAUAAAAAACAUGGGAUCAAAUUCAAAAAUUCCAUCAACAUAUCAAGAAAUGCAGAACAAAUUGAUCUAGGAGGAGGAAACCUACCUCUCAGAAUGGAAUCUAGCAUUGAAUGCAUAUCAACCGUUGAUAGCAUGAUGGAUGAAGAUGAGAUCUCUCACCCCCGUUCAUUUUCUUCUAUGUUUCCUUCUCCAAAGCCCAUUAUUCACAACAUUAAUCCAACCACCACAAGUGUUCAUGAACUUCUUGAAUGCCCUGUUUGCACCAAUUCUAUGUACCCUCCUAUCCAUCAGUGCCACAAUGGGCAUACCCUCUGCUCCACCUGUAAAAUUAGGGUUCAAAACAGAUGCCCAACUUGCAGACAAGAACUCGGAGACAUACGAUGUUUGGCGCUAGAAAAAGUGGCUGAAUCUCUCGAACUUCCUUGCAAGUUCAUUACAGUUGGAUGCCCUGAAAUAUUCCCUUAUUACAGCAAGUUGAAGCACGAGGCACUUUGCAAUUUCAGGCCUUACAACUGCCCGUAUGCUGGAUCGGAGUGCUCGAUUAUUGGGGAUAUUCCAUACCUAGUUUCUCACCUCAGAGAUGACCACAAAGUCGAUAUGCAUUCUGGUUGCACGUUUAAUCAUCGCUACGUUAAAUCCAACCCUCGAGAUGUAGAGAACGCCACCUGGAUGCUAACUGUGUUCCAUUGUUUUGGACAGUAUUUUUGUCUACAUUUCGAAGCAUUCCAACUAGGAAUGGCCCCAGUGUACAUGGCAUUUCUGCGAUUCAUGGGAGACGAAGCAGAUGCUCGGAACUACAGCUACAGUUUGGAAGUGGGUGGAAAUGGAAGGAAACUAACAUGGGAGGGGACCCCACGAAGCGUUAGAGACGGUCACAGAAAGGUUCGUGACAGUCACGAUGGA